UUUUGAUGUGGUCACACUGGUUCUGUCGUGGGUGGCGCAUCAUCGCGUUCUGAUGCAAAUUGAACAAGUGCAAAAAGUAGUAAUUUCUCCAAUUAAUCUUAGCAAACAGUGACCAGCAAGUUAAUUUUGCAGCGACAAAAGCAAACGAAUCAAAUCGUUGCUAUUUGGGCUGCCUUUGCUGCUUGCAACGUAUUCAACGUAUGUAGCCGCCUGCAAAACGGAAACUCGCUUUACCUAUUGUGUGUGGAUUUUUUAAUCAAAGCUGGAGGUGUGAGAUACCACCGGAUGCAGCACUCUAACCACGAUCUUCUGCACCGAGACGUUUCCUUAAUCUUGAAGAUGGCAGGCAAAUAACAACCAUAUGAUAUAGGUUGGGUUAAACAACGGAUAACAACAGAGCAAAAGCUGAUAGACCUAUCAAAGACAAAAGAAGGGGUCAACAUUUAAAAAACCUAAAAUACACGUUUAGAGGAAUAACUAAUUAACUCUGCGGUAGGACGGCCGAAAAACACAGCUUGUUGGUCAGAAAUUGAUGACACUUCUCGGGCCAAGCGCCCCUGGCAUGGCCUUUAUGAUGAAAAAGAAGAAGUACAAGUUCAAUGUUGAAGUGCAGCUGCAGGAUUUAGUCGAGGUGGCCCUGGUCAACGAGGUGCUUUUUGCCAAGAUACGACUGCUCGAUGGAGGAUCGUUUCAGGAGUACAGUAGUCGUGAGGAAGUGCGCAACCACCGCGUGGAGUGGAACCGCAGCUUUGAGUUUCCCUGCAAGAUGAGCGCGAAUGCCUCUACCGGAGUUUUGGACCCCUGCCACCUGCGUGUUUCGAUUCGCAAGGAAAUGAAGGGCGGUCGAAGUUACUAUAAGCUUGGUUUUAUCGAUCUAAAUCUUGCCGAAUUCGCCGGCGCCGGCCUCACCUCGCGUCGAUUCCUCCUGGAAGGCUACGAUUCGAGGCAUCGCCUGGAUAACUCAAUGCUGCGAGUAAGCAUCAAGAUGCAUAUGCUGAGUGGCGAUAUCCUCUUCAAGGCACCCACGCCCAACCUGAAGAGCAAGCAGAUCAAGCCCUCUAUGGAUGACUUGAGUAAUGCAGCCACUGGAGUGGGCUUGCAAACCCCGACGGCCACCGCUCUUCCCAGCAUGGGCAGCGGGAGCGGUGGCUCGGCUAUUCCCUUGGGCGGUUGUGGCGCCGUUUUGGGCGGCGUUCCCAGCACUCAGUCGCUGCCAGGAACGCGACCCGUCUCCACCACAAAGGAAGAUGCAUUGCUUGCAGAUAUUGAUAGUCAGGCUUUGAUAGCUGCUAUUGUAACGGACUCAGGGUUGUCGGAGUCCUCGGAGUCGGCUGUGACCUUGACCACGGAUAAUCUUCAGCAACAUGCUGUCGCCGCUGCUCCUAGCGCCAUAACUCCUGUGACCCAGGCGCUCCCGGGACCGGGUGUCAUUGGCAGCAACAACUACGGAACGAUGGGAAUGGGAAUCGCGUUUUCUGGAGGCGCCAACGCCACACUCAUUGAAAUGGGGCAUUCAAGGAAUUCCAGUAAUACUAGUCAAAUGUCAAAAGGUUCGGGAUAUAGUAGCUUUUCGCACAGUCAACAUUCAAGGCAGAGUUCUGAGGGUGAUUCGGGACAUGCUAGUCGUUUUAGAAAAUCCGUUUCUCUACUUAAUAGACUCAAUCAAAAAGCAAUUAAUGCCAUGAAACUGAAUAUACCGCACGGUCGCCAUCACGGGCAAAAGGGUUCAGAGCAGCAGCUACCCCACACCUCCCCAGUGGUUCCCAAAACCCAUCAAGUCCAAGCCCACCUUAGUCUCAGCACCACCAUUGAGUAUGUCAGCGAGGAGCAGCUCUUCCAGACGCCUAACGCAACGAUGGGCACUGCUGAGACGUUGGCGUUCGAGGAUUUUCGCACACCGAUGGCAGAGUUCUCCGCCCCCUUGUUCCGUCCAUUGGGGGCGGGAGGUAGUGCUACUCCCUCCUCCACGACUCGCAGUGCAGCAGAUUCUCCGUCCCAUGCCACACAGUAUUACGACAGCGGAGAGGCGAGCGACGGGGACGAGUGCCUGAACGAGGACUCGGGCGACGAAGACUCCGGCCUCGAGGAAAAUUUCCACACGCCAAGGGUGGCCAAGAUCAAGUCGAUGGAGAACCUCUCCAUUCUGGAAAUGGAAUUUCACAAGGCAUCCAUGGAGCUGGACCGCAACUCGCCGCGGCGUCUCAAGCAGCUGGCUGAGCACGCGCAGAUACCCAAGAUGAAGUCGCUGAACAAUCUCUGCUUCGACGGUUUCGCAGAGCAAGCGGUGCGUGAAGAGUUCCAGCGCAUGCACGAACAGUCGCUGGAGGAGCGAAGGCGCUUCCAGCAACACCACCAACUGCGAAAGAACUCCACUGCAUCGAACGGGUCGGCACCGAAGCUGUUCGUAAAGCAUCUGAGCCACCAGAGCCACCAUCACAUCAAGGUCGGCAACGCCAAGUUCAUCGGCCAGGAAGGCAGCGAGAGUCCGCCAUCGCUCCACUAUCCCAUUCAGAAAAUGCGCUCCAUGGGCACCAUUCCGGACAUUGUGAGCGAGCGCAUCGAAGCGGACCCGUUUCUCACCCCUACUACUGAGCGAAAGCCGAAUUUCCCCCGUCUCAUUCAGUCUGCGGAGAAGCCCUCGCUGGGCAGCAGUUAUGUGAAUCGCCUGCUAACCUACGACGUGGUGGACUCGCCGGCGGACUCGUUCAGCAGUUCGGUGUCCUUUUUGUCGCGCACGCCCUUUCAACGGGCUUACAGACGCAAUAUUCACCAGGGAACCUCUUCGACGCCCCUGGCCACUCAGGAACCGUACGUGGUGAGGCCACAUUCCACGAAUGCUGCCUACGAGCUCAUGAGAAGCUUCAGUGGAGUUCCUCGCCGACUCUUCGACGGCAACGGCAGCACCGUGGGCCAAACAAGCGGCGGCAUUCCCGGUGCUGCCAGCAGUAGCGCCAGUAGGCAGCAGCAGCAGCAGCCGGGUGGCGCAGCACCCAAUUCGAAUGUCGUCGGAUGCAACUCGUCGCCAUGCGGAACCCUGGCCAGUAUACACUCAAACCACUCGGCCUCCUCCUCGAACGGCAGCAACAGCAACAGCAGCAGCAGCGGAGCAGUCAUUACCUUCCAAUGCAAUGCAGGAAGUGGCCAGGACACAGUGGACGCACCCACCCAGCAGAUGCAGCAGCAGAUGACUGUUGGAUCGCCCAAUGGCCAUGGCAGCAGUCCCCGGCUGGGCAACGUCUUGUCGGGCGAUGCCCUCAGCUCAAUGGCCGCCAGUCCCACGGACGCGUGCAGUAUUCGCUCGAAUCCUUCGGCGGCCUCACUGCUUCUAUCCACGUCGGCAGCUGCCGCGGAGGCCUCCGCAUUGGCCUCUGCCACUACCAUGUCCGUCUCGGGAGCAACACUUUCGCCGCUGGCCACCACCCAAAUCAUUCGCCGCCCUAGCAUUACAAUGAUGAAUCCCAGUUCCGGUUCGUUAGUUAUAAGUGAAACAGGAUCUCUGGAUCGGACGAAAAGUAGCGCCGAGAAGCGGAAAAAGGGGGCGCUCGAUGAUGGGCCACGCGUAUCCGACCGAGUGGAGGAGACGCGGGUCAAUCCAGACUCGUUAAUUGAUGAGAUUUUGAAGGACACCAAGCUGGAUCAGCUGGAGGAAUCCGCAGAAACCUCUGGCCUUCAGCUGUACAUCGCUCGUGAUGGCACCGCCUCCCUGGGUGGGCACGAGGUCAAGUCGAGCGUCCGGGCCGGAGCCCUAAAACAAGUGGUCAUGCAGGAUAGAAGAUAGUAGUAACCGGGAUUCCUAACUGUUUUUAAUAAUGAAUAAGAAGACUUACUGAACAAGUAAAAUAAAAGAGGAUGUGUAACAAACUAA